AUGGCUGCUCCUGCCCCCCCAACCAUGACGCUGCUCGGUCAGGUCAUGUGGCGCACUAUCGACGGCCAGCUUUAUGCGGUCUUUCCCACGGCGAUGGGUACCAGUCGCACCCAGCUGAACAGACUCGCCAUCAAUGACAAGGAGACGACUGCCCUUCAGCUUCAGUCACGCAACGUCCUCAUUCGCAUGUAUCCGAACGAGGAUAUUGAACUCCUCGCUGCCAAGAUCGUCCGUCUUCCGAACCUCUUCCGUGCGUUCAUCAUCGCCUCGCGCGGACUCUUCGUCCAUCCGUGCGCCAAUGAGUGCACCGACCUCACGACUACCAGGUUCCGGAAUUGCAUGAUCAUCCCUGGAUUCGAGGACGAUGCUUGUGCGGAGUGUGUCUGGCAUUCGGACGGUCGUCACUGCGAGCACAAUACUGCUGCCCAGGCGUCGUCAUCUGACGAUGAGAGCAAUGCCUAG